AGUGACAUUUGUUGAACUGUAAAGUGCCGAUUGGAUCUACUAAUUUUAUUAGUUUACUGACUUUAAUUAACAUAAUUAUACAACGAUGGAAGUCUAAUCGCCAUGAGCAUAGUUGUUUAACAGUAUUUACUGUACGGUGUUGAAGGCAGUUAAAUAAGCUGCAGAUUUGAUUUGAAGUCACUGACCCUCAGCAACUCGUAUACAAAAUAUACAAUACCUACGACAGAAUUGACUGACCUCUUAUCGCAAUCACAAUUAUUUGUGGAAGUAAUAUUGUUUAUGUUAAACAUUUAAUUUGAAACACCAGGAUGUUAGAAACGGAAGAAGUUGAUGAUGAUUUCUUCACUCCAGUAGCUGGUGCUUCUUUGGCCAACAUAUUUGGAAGUGCUGUGAAAAUCAAUGAAGAGAAAUCAAAUGACUCAUUAAAGUAUGUACCUCCGAAGCCUCAAAGCAUUCCUCCGAAACAAGAACCAACUAAAAGCACUGAAUGUAUAUUUGCAUGUGCUCUUAUUGGCCAUGAAUGGUUCAAUAAUGUCUACACAUCUAGAGGAAAAAUAGGUUUUGCUAUUGUUAAGAUACAAAAGACUGCAAUCCACAAUAUUGUGCUUUAUGACUCUAAUAAGACUACCUUAUCCUGUACCACAUUAUCAAAUAAUUUAGAGAUAACUAUUAAAAACAAUACAUAUAUCUCAUACUAUGAUAAUCUUAAAAAAUACUGGAGCAUUUAUGGUACAAAAGAUGAAGUGGAUAAAAUUGCAGAACAUUUGUCUAAAUUGGAUGUCAAGAUACAGUAUUCUUCUUACACAGAACAAGGCCCACCAGAACCUGCUAAAGUAGACACUAAAACCAAUGCACCAUUAGAGCAAAGUGAGAAAAUUGACAAAGGAAGUGAUACAGACUCUUCUAUAAACAGAAAAACAAAAGCUUCCAUUCUAAACAGAAUGGCAAAUAUGGGACAUUCAGUUUUACCAACUAGAACUGUCUCAGUAGAGAGGACCAGUGACUCAUCAGACACAAUGGAAACUGAGAUUCAACCAAAACAUGUCAGACAUAAACCAGUUAAAAGUGUAAUGAAAAAAAGUAACAUAGAAAAUGUGACAGAGGCACAACUUGUAAGAGAAACACACCAGAAUACAAUGGUGCCAAAAACUGAGCCAGUUGCUAACAUUCCAUUUUACCCAUCUUCUGGAAGCCAGUUAAUACCUAUCUCCAGCACAAAUAUCAUUACAGGACCUAACGCAGACUUUGGCAUGUUUAUGUCCGAACAAAGGAUAAGCAAUAGUGAGUUAAGAAUAAACAUGAAUAGAAUAACUGACAAAGUGGACUCAGUCUUAGACAAAAUUAGCAAAUUUGAACAAAGAGAAAGUUCAAAUAUUCAAACAGAUAUAUUAAUGAAAUUGCUCUCAGAGUAUGAAAAUAAGAUUAAAGUUUAUGAAGAAUUACUUAAGGCUAGAAAUGUAAAUAAUACUGAAACUGUGACUACUUCAAAUGUUUGCCAGAAUGAUAAUCAAAUAGAAAUACUAACAAAGAAAAUAUCAGAAUUGGAGAGGAUAAACCAAAAUAAAACCAGUGAGAUAUCACAUCUGCAAGGUGCAAUUGAACUUUUGAAGUCACAGCAUGCUGAAGAAAGAGUUAAACAUGAUAACAAUGAAGGUGCACUUCAACAAAAAAUUAUUAAUUUAGAAAGUAGUUUACAAAGAAAAGACGAUGAAUUAACAGAAAUUCGUGAAAAAUUGGAUAACAAAACAAAUGAUGUAGAAGAUAAUAUUGAGGACAAAGUUAAAAAUAUUAUGAAUGUAACAUUCCAAACAGUCUCCUCUAAAUUUGAUAAUAAUGAAGUUUACUCGGGUGUUCUAGUCAAACAAAUCAUUGGAGCAAUAAUUAAAAAAAUAACUAUGCAAACAUUGAGAGAAUUAUAACUAAAAUAUUUAUUUCUCUUCCUAUGUAUUUUGUUAGACAAUAAGUAACGGUCCACUGUUUUAAUUAUAGAAUAAUAUAUAUACGUACCAUAUAACAUCA